GUGGUUUGUCUAGUGUGUGUGGUAGCGUGUAUAGUGCAGUGUAUACCACAGGAGAAAUUUUGCCCACGCCCCCGUGUUGUCUUGUGUCUCUUUUCAACUGAUGUGCCACGUAAUUCCCGGAUGGUCCAAUCGGCGCGAGGAUAGAACAAUAGGCCUCGGCCACGGGGGCCUGUCCCGUAUGUUGUGGUAGCCAGCCUUAUUCAAACAGAUUUUCCUGCCAAAGCCGAUCACUGUUUUCAUCGCCAUCACUGACCGGUGCUGGAGCGACGAUUUCAGGCAGGCACCUCACAACUCUCUACGGUCUACUCCGGUGUGGUGGUACGCGCUCCACUUUUUUUGGUGUUAUACGGGGACUUUUUUAACCUGGGCGUAGAUUUUCCUGUCUCUUUCCUUCGUUUAGAAGUUAGUUCGUGGUUGAGGCUUUUAACCCAAGUUUAUAAUUGCAUCACCAUGGCAAACGCACAUAAUUACUUGGUGAUAGUUUUCUGUACCACGGCUGGUCAGAGAGGGGCUUUGCUUGGGACGGACGAGACAGACUUGGUCCUGCUGGUAUGGGGAGUCAUUGACGUUGAAACUAACAAGUUGGUUGGGUUUUUCAAGCAGUCCUUCGUCAGGCCAGACUCGGACAGUGUCGAGGUAUCCGAAGACCUGUGCAAGGCGCUGGGAGUGCAGCGAGAUGUCUUCAAGGGCGCCGCCAAGAUGGAGAAAGUUCUCCAACAGUUCGAGGAGUUCCUAUACCGGGAACUCAACCUCAGCCAGGGGAACACUCUCUGCCUCCUGACGGACGGCCAGCUCCACAUCCGCCAAUGCCUCCACCCUCAGGCCCUCAAUAAGAACGUCGAGUUACCAGACUUCUUCUACUCCUUCUUCGAUCUGAGGAAAGAGAUGCAGAAAUUCCACCCAGGCGCCACGACAAUCACCACAGUCAAGGACAUGGCGGACUAUUUAAAGAUCGAUACAGGGAGCUACAACUUCACAGAAACGGGUUUGGACGAGUGCCGAGCCAUGGCCAGCAUCGUGCAGCGACUCAUCCACGAAGGACACAGAUUCACAAAUCCGGAUCAGAUCCGAAGAAAAUAUGAACCCGGUACAUUCGACAAGACAGAUACUGUGUCAGAUAACUCAGUAGUUAAAGCACGAGGUCUUCCAUGGCAAGCUUCGGACAGAGAUGUCUUCCGCUUCUUCAAAGGGCUGAACAUCGCAAAGGGUGGGGUGGCUUUGUGUCUGAACCACUACGGCAGGAGGAACGGCGAGGUCAUGGUCCAUUUCGAGUCUUCCCAGCACAGAGACAUGGCGUUGCAGAGACACAGGCACAACUUGGGCAACAGAUACGUGGAAGUGUUCAAGGGAACAGGUGAUGAGUUCAUCAAAGUUGCAGCAGGAACCUCUCGGGAUGCGGCUAUGUUUCUGUCUCGAGAUGAUGGCCACAUCAUCGUGCGCAUGAGGGGUCUUCCCUUUACUGCAAGUGCUCGAGAAGUGGUUGACUUCUUUGGUCCGGCCAUCCCCGUUUCCGGCGCUGAAGAGGGCAUACUGUUUGUCAAACAGCGCAACGGUAAGAUGACAGGCGAUGCUUUCGUUCUGUUCUCGACUGAGGAAGUGGCCAACAAGGCUUUGGAGAAGCACAAGGACUACCUGAAGAACAGAUACAUUGAGAUCUUCCGCAGCACCACGGCUGAAGUACAGCAGGUUCUGUCCCGUCUGCACUCAGAGCCCUUAGUCCCCGAGGGCCCGCCCCAGGCCAACGUGAUGGUCCCUAACAUCAUCCACCCUCCCCAGGCCCACCUGAUACCCCAGCCACACCCUGCUGCCUUCGUGCCUCAGCAGCUCAUCACCUGCGGUAUGAUACGGGACUGCAUCCGGAUGCGGGGGUUGCCCUUCAAGGCCACCAUCGAGGACAUCAUGAGGUUUCUUGGGGAGACGGCAAACUACAUCCGGCCUCACGGGGUGCACAUGGUCUACACCAUGCAGGGCAACCCAACCGGAGAGGCCUUCAUCCAGAUGAUGUCGGCCGAGAGAGCGCUGCAAGCGGCCCAGACGUGCCACAGGAAGUACAUGGGGGAACGCUACGUGGAGGUCUUCCAGUGCUCUGGGGACGAGAUGAAUCUUGCCCUGAUGAGUGGGGCUAGAAGCAAGGCGGUGCAACCGCAAGUGACGGUACAAAGUGCAAUAGCACCCACAACUCCGCAGUUCCCCUACCAGCAGCAACUCCACUCUCCCAACGGCGGCAUGAUACCGAGUACCGCCCCCCUCCCAGGGACCAUCCAGGCACGUCAACAGACCACCCAUGCCUACAUCCAGCAGCCCCUGUACUACUUCCCUAGUCCCCCCGUCUCCCCCACCACGAGCCAACUCUACCAUCACCCCCACGCCAGUAACGCCAUCAUCCGCCUGAGGGGACUGCACGUUGGGGCCACGCCCCAGGAAGUGGCCAACUUCUUCCAGGGAUAUGGGGUCCCAGCUGAGAAUGUGCAGAUGCAGUACAAUGGGGAUGUUUUGGUGCCGUUCUACUCGCAGGAGUUGGCCAUCAAAGCUCUACACGAGAAACAACGUCAGUACACCGGUAAAAUGGAACUCUUCAUGCCUUGAAAAGACACUAAGGGAGGUGGCAUAGGAUUGUAGCUUUUGAUCGAGGCAAAUGUCAUGGCUCUGCCAACCACAGAAUGGACCCUCCCUGCCUAUCACUCAAAACAUGUCCACUGAACAAUUAUAACUUUUGAUCCGAUGACCAAGGUAGAUAGGUCUAACUUGGUCACAAACAUAGUGAGAAAUGUACACCAACAAAAAUAAGGGGCAAAAUCUGGAACAGCCUAUUCCGCGCAAACAUUCAGCAUUCUGUGCUUACAUCAUGAGCGCAGAAAUUCUAUGCUAACCCUGCAAGACAGAA